GCAGACGGCACUCAUGGCUUCAUUGCAGGCGAUCGGAGCUAGGGAACCGCAGACAAAUGUGAAGAUUGAUACUACGCAUUUCAUUUGUAAGGAGCCUAGGGGACCGGAGUGGGAAAAGGCGAAUGAGAUGAAUAUUCCUAUCGUUGUGCCGGAGUGGGUUACGGCGUGUGAACGUGAAGGAAGACUCGUUGGUGUCAAAGCGUAUUAUCUCGGUGCAGACCCAGCACUUCGGGUUGUUCGUGGGCCGGCGGGGCCUCCGCCUGGGUACCCUGAGUCGAGAAGAGGAAGUAUGCUCGAUGUCCCGACGCGGUCUUCCCUUGCUGCUGGCGCUGCUGCUGAAGGUGCUGCGGCAACCGACUCCACCCCUGUUACUACAGAACCACCUAUCGAUGAAGGACCAGAGCCCUUGUCUUUGCCGACCAGCCCACCACCAGAGCCAGUUAACCUCAAUGAGCUCAACCUCGCCGAAGCACGAGUUCUGCCACAGGAUGUCGGCGCGCUGGACGAAGGCUUCGAUUUCGCUCCGACCCAGGCUGUUGCGAUCACACCCACCGAGACACCCGCACAGGAUUCGGGAGUGCCUCAAGAGCCAGAACAGACCGAACAGGCUGGAAAGGAGGAGGAACAGGCGCCGGUACAGCCGCAUACAAUUGUGGAUAACACCGAUGGGCCCGUACCCGAAGCAGUUGCCCCACCAACAACCGAAGGCGACCGAAGACUUACUCCAGAGCCAUCACCCGUCGUCACCCCUACCCUCGGCGAGGGCGAACCAGGCCCAGAAGGACACAUCACCGCGACUGCCACGGACGCCGAAGAAGCUGCUCCGGAAGCUACGGAAGAAGCUGGUGUUGCCGCGAAGGAGGAAGAGGAGAUUGUAGAGGCGGCUGAGGUAGCUGAGGGGAAGGAUGAGCAGGCAAAUGAGGAGGGGUUUGAGGAGGUUGCGAUCUAAAGGGAUUUGAAGUGUUACUUGGUGCUAUUCCUACU